AAGCUGUGGAGCGCGGAGGAACUGGCCAAGUAUAACGGGUCGACGAAGGGCGUUCCGCUGCUGCUGGGCAUUCUGGGGGACGUGUUUGACGUGACCAAGGGCAGGAAGCACUACGGCAAGGGGCAGGGUUACAACCACUUCGCUGGCAGGGAUGCCACAAGGGCAUUUGUCUCAGGCAAUUUUUCAGGUGACGGCUUAACGGACGAUCUGACGGGGCUGUCAGGCGAGCAGUGCAUCGGCAUCGCUGACUGGCGGGACUUCUACUUCAAAACCUACAUCCACGUGGGCAAGCUGGUGGGGCGGUUCUACGACGAGCAGGGCAAGCCAAGAGAUUCUCUGGGCGAGUUUGACGAGCUUCUCAAGGAGGGCAAGCGGCUGAGGGACGUGGCCAAGGUGGCGGAGAAGAAAUACCCUGGGUGCAACUCACGAUGGGCUCAGAACGAGGGCGGCAAGUGGCCAAAGUGGGUGGAGAAGAAACACCCUGGAUGCAACUCGCGAUGGGCGCAGAACGAGGGUGGCAAGUUGUGGCCUCUCUCUCUUCGCUUCUCCUCCCUGCCUUCUACUCCCACCCUGCGUUCCUGUCUUAACUUUGGGGUGCCCCGUAAGAUCCCUCGAAUCCCAGAGGCAGAAGGCGGGCCAGUGGGGGGCAGUGAGGACACGCGCUGUGCGUGCUUCACCAAGGACCAGCUCGCCUCGCGCUCUGACCUUCACGAGUACGAUGGGUGCGACCCUGACGCCACCAAGUGUGUCUCCUCCCCUCCCGAAGACCCCAAUGCUGCAUCUCUAGGGGAUGAGGGUGAGGAGGAGGAAUGA